UGUUGCCUAUGGAAGAGAGAGAGAUACAUAAACCCAAAAGCCUGCAGCUGGGGUUCCCUGCACAGAGGCAGCACUGCGCAGGAUACUGAGAGAGAGAGAGGGAGGGAGAGACAGAGAGAGAGGAAGAGAGAGAGAGAGAGAGGGAGGGAGAGACAGAGAGGAAGAGAGAGAGAGAGAGCGAGAGAUCAGACUUGCCACAUCCCUGCCAAGGGUGAGCAUUUACGCGCGAUCCAGUCGCCAGUAUCUCCAGCAGCUCUGCUCCAUCACCAGGACUAAUUUCAUCAUGACAACUUUUAAACUCUUUAUUCCAACAUAAGCUGUUUUUCAUCUGUGUGGUGCGUGGAGGGGAGGGAAAAAAACACACCAACUUUACGCACCAUCUGUGCUUCGGAUGAAGUUAUUCCAUCUUCUCACCAUCUUUGGUGCCAAUUAUACAGCCUGUGUGUCGAAGCCUGCCCGGUCGCCACUGACCCUGUUACCCAGCUUUAAUGUCAACUCUCUGGCUCCUAAGUGGAGGGAAUUACCCCACUUUUAGUCUCCUGUUAGGACAAAAAGAAGAGCAACACAGCAAAAUGCAGAGCUUGACUCUUUUUCAACCCGUGCGCUCUGUUCAGGGUCUGACUGCUCUUGCUCUCUGGUGAAACACAGGGUCAGGACUGUGUGGAUAAAAACCCGGAGGGUUUUGACAUUUUCAGCCUCGCUGUCUUUUUUUAAUUCUGUUUCUCCUCUUCUGGCCUCGGUGCUGUUUUUGGGAGGGGGCCCAGAUGAUGGGGUGGUGCUGCUCAGGCAUAUGCAGAGCCCUGGCUCUCCUGGCGCUCCUGUUCCCCUUGCGGGAGAGAGGCUGCUGGGGGCUGAAUCCCAGCUCUGGGGAUCUGGAGAAGUCCCCACACUCUGAUCCAGACCCCUGGGAGGCCCUGCACAGACACAAACGCAGCUGGGUAUGGAACCAGUUCUUCGUAUUGGAGGAGUACACAGGAAAUGAACCUCUCUAUGUUGGCAAGCUACACUCAGAUGUGGACAAAGGAGAUGGCAAGGUGAAGUAUGUGUUAGCUGGCGAGGGCGCCACCUCCAUUUUCACCAUUGAUGAGAACACAGGGGAUAUCCACGCCACGAAGCGCCUCGAUCGGGAGGCACAGGCCUACUACACCCUCUCAGCUCAAGCUGUAGACCGAAUCACCAAUAUACCCGUGGAGCCCAGGUCUGAGUUUGUGGUCAAGGUCCAGGACAUCAACGAUAAUGAGCCAAAGUUUCUUGAUGGACCGUACUUGGCAGGAGUACCAGAGAUGUCACCCUUAGGAACCAUGGUAGUGCAAGUGGCAGCCACAGAUGCAGAUGACCCGACAUAUGGGAACAGCGCCAGGGUGGUCUACAGCAUCGUCCACGGACAGCCCUACUUCUCAGUGGAGCCCAAGACAGGUGUCAUCAGAACAGCUCUGCCCAACAUGGACCGGGAGACGAGGGACCAGUACGUGCUCGUCAUCCAGGCCAAAGACAUGGUGGGCCAGAUGGGCGGCCUCUCCGGCACCACCUCCGUCACUGUCACGCUUACCGAUGUCAACGACAACCCGCCACACUUCACUCACAAGAACUAUCAGUACACGGUGCCGGAGUCGCUGCCCGUGCAAUCUGUGGUGGCCAGAAUCAAAGCGGCGGACGCUGAUAUAGGCUCCAACGCAGAGAUGGACUACAGGAUCAUGGACGGCGAGAGUCUCGGCAUGUUCAACAUAACAACAGAUGAGAACUCGCAAGACGGGGUCGUCAUCCUUCUGAAGCCUCUAGACUUUGAAACAAAGAGCAGCUUCUCUCUGAGAAUCGAGGCCACAAACAGGAAUAUUGACUCCAACUUCUUGAGCUCGGGCCCAUUUAGCGACACGACAUCAGUCAAGGUGACAGUGGACGAUGUGAACGAGCCACCCGUCUUCUCCACACCGCUUAGCAAGAUGGACGUUUCGGAAGACGCCAGAGUGGGCACCUCCAUCGGGAGAGUCUCUGCCCAUGACCCAGACACCUCCAACAACGCCAUCAGGUACUCCAUUGACAGGAACACAGACUUGGAGCGCUUCUUUAACGUGGAUGCUCUAAGUGGGGUCAUCAGCACAGCCAAGCCUCUGGACCGGGAGGCCAACAUGGUCCAUAACCUCACCAUCUUCGCCAUCGAGAGCCAGGACCCAACCCAAAUUGGAAAAGGCGUCGCUCUCAUCACAGUGCUGGACAUAAAUGAUAAUGCCCCGGUCUUUGCCAUCGACUAUGAAACGCUCCUCUGUGAAAACGCCAUGCCAGGACAGGUGAUCCAGACCAUCAGCGCCGUCGAUAAGGACGAACCUCUGAGCGGACACCGCUUUUAUUUCGCCCUCGCUGCACCUGUUGCCGGCAACCUCAACUUCACCCUGCGAGAUAACAAAGACAACACGGCGUCCAUACUGACGAAGCGAGGUGGUUUCAGGAGACGGGAGCAGCCUAUGUACCGGCUGCCAGUGUUGAUUGUGGACAGUGGAAGUCCGGCGUUAAGCAGCACAAACACGCUCUCAGUGCGAGUGUGUGACUGUGACUCUGACGGCGUGGCCUUGUCUUGUGGAGCAGUGGCCUACACCGCGACUGGCCUGAGCACCGGCGCCCUCGUGGCUAUUUUAGGCUGCAUCAUCACGCUCCUGGUGAUGGUUCUGCUAAUUGUGACAAUGCGUCGGAGGAGGAAGGAGCCCCUGAUUCUCGAGGAGGAGAGGGACAUAAGAGAGAACAUCGUCCGCUACGACGACGAGGGCGGGGGAGAGGAGGACACGGAGGCCUUUGACAUGGUUACCCUCCGCAACCUGAACGUCAUCAGAGACCCCAGCGUCAGGCGAGACGUCACACCAGAUACUCCCACCUUCUUUCAUUACCCAUCAACUACUCGCCCGUCCUAUAAAUCCCUGCCAGACAACGUGGUGUUUCGAGAGUUUAUUUGGGAGCGACUUAAGGAUGCUGAUGUGGACCCGUCAGCUCCCCCGUAUGACUCUCUGCAGACAUACGCUUUUGAAGGCAGCGGCUCUGUUGCCGAGUCACUAAGCUCUUUGGAGUCACUAAGUACAGACUCAGAUCAGAACUAUGACUAUCUCAGCAACUGGGGACCACGCUUCAAAAAGCUGGCCGACCUGUACGGCAACAGCGACGGCACCAGUGUCUUCUCAUAGCCCCUAGGUGUCUCUCUUAACAUUUCUCAGACUUUGAAAAAAAAAAAAAAUACGAGUAAUUUAUUGUCAGAGAAAAUGAUUUUGUCUGCCUUAGCGCACCAGAGGAAAAGAUUCAAAGACAACACAAGAGAGAUUGAAAGAAAAACACUUUGACUUCAAAGGUUUUUGGUUUGUUUACCUCCUUGUGUGGAUUUUUGAAAAGCGUGCCAUGGUGAGUUUUGACACGGACUUCAAAAGUGGCUUGACUGAGGAGGAGACCUUGUGUGCAAAAGACAUUAAAGGUUUCAGAUCUUGGGCUCCAGUCCAACCAUUGACUGCAGGAUGCAUACAUGUUGGAGUAUUUAUACGAGGAGGCACCUGUCCUUUCAUUCCAGCGAUGGGCACGGGCCCAGCUCUCUUGCUUUGAUGCAUUCCUUUGCUAUCUUUGUGCUAAAAAAAAAAAAACGUUUCUCAUGAAAUGCUGCGUCCCUGGCGGCUAAUCAGCAGUCACUUGACUGUUCAGAGGAAAUUUGACAACAAUUUCCGUGGGGUUUAUUUUCUUCUUCUUUUUUUUUUCUUGGUUGGGGAUCAAGGUAAUGAGAAGCUGUUUUUCAUAAACAUUUUCCACAUUAUUCAUGGACUCGUACCUCUAUAUGAAAAGUUCAGCUGCACUCAUACAGUAUAAACAAGUAGUUGAUGUGCUAAGGAAGUGAUGUGAAGACAUGCUGUGCAAAUAAUAAAAAGAAUGACACGUCUUUGAUGUCUCCACUGGGUGAAACAGGAACGUAUAAUUUAUCUUAUUCUCCUAACAAUACAUUUUGCAGAUGUUGCAAUGUAGUGUUUGUCUGAGUCUGUUUUUUGUUCCGUCUUUCUAUUGACAAGUCCAAUGUAUGAUUUCUGAGCUAUAAAAUGUCAGGAUUCGGUUGUUCUGCUUUUGUACGAGGCGGUUGGGACCUGGGAACGUCUGCUACAAGAGACAGCUUUGUUGAAGGAUCAGUCCUUGUUGUGCUUGAUAGCGAGAUUCACACCAACUAGACUCUAGAAAAAAAGAAUGUGUUUCUGAAGUGACAGUCCUUAACUGGGUGAAGUUUGUAAGUAAAUUGCUUCUGUAGUUUUGAAGAGUCCGGCAUUUAUUGUCAUUCAGAAAUGAGAUGAAUAAUGUUCAUGGUUUGUUUGUUAAUUGAUGGUGAAAGGACACACUGUAUGAUCAUUUGUUUUUCCAGCUUAAACAAAUUAAUUGGGUGUACAACCGAUAUGUAUUAUUUAUUUGGAAGAGGCAGAAUUGUGCAAAUGAUGUUUUUAUCCUUUUUGCUGAAAAUAAAAUUGACAUUCAGUUCCUUAA